AUGAAUGAUGAAUAUGUUUAGCAACAACUACAUCAGUACUCCAAAAAAGUGGCGUAGUUAAGUUUAAAUGAACCUCAGCGAGAUGUGAACACCAGCAGAAGUAAAUCGAGAGAUUUAAGUGCAAAUAGCAGGUAUAAAUCCAACAUUUUUGAAAAUAAUCGAAAAAACACCGAUAGAUCCUCCUAGAUUAAUUCAAACUAAAGCAGGUACAAUGAAAAUAGGAAUAAGAGUAAUUUGAGUUUGCCUCUCUAAAACAUGAAUGCUUAAAACCGUGUUGAAAGUGAAGGGGAUUCUCCCAUGAAACAUCAAUCUUCAUAAUUGUCUAUCUUUAGCCAGCUAAAUAAUAUUAUCCAAACUUAAAAUGAUUAUUAGGAUAAAACCAUUCUAAAUACAGUAACUACAUUUAACACACGGAAUGAUCCAUCAAAUAUGGUUUUUGGAAACGAAUCCUAUCUCUCUUCGAUAAGAGCAACUUAAAAUAACAAAAGCAUAUCUCCAAUAUUAGAAGAAAGAGAAAUGAGAAAAGGCACUUAUCAAUAGGAAAACUAUAAGUUCAAGAACAUUUUCAAUUUUAAUAAAAAUAGAUAGUCCUCUAAAUCUCCGCUUAACAAGUCAGGGCAUGAUUGGUAAGGAGAUCUGUCAAUUUAGUUCAAUUAGGAAUUUCCAAGUGACAGGGAACGUAAUACAGAAAACUAAAACAUUGAUGAUGAUGAAGAGGUCAAAGUUAACUAUUAAAUUCAAGUGCAGAGUGAUUUUCUAUCAGACACUCUUGGAAAUGAAAGAAACUCAAAUCUUCCACUAAGCCAGACAAGCAAAGACGAUAAAGCUCCGUGGAAUUUUUCUGCAAACAUUAGGUAGAAUUAAAAUUUGAACUAACAUAGCGAAAUUCAUAAUCUUAAAGAACAAUAGCCUUAAACAUUGCAGAUUAACUAAAUUUAUGAUUAAAUACCUAAACUUGAGAUUUUAAGUGAUAUUCGAGCUCAAACUGGUCUUGGCAGCAAUGGCAGCUAAUUGAGGAAAUCAGCUAGAAAACUUGAACCUGAAGAGGUUUACGAAGAUAUGAAAAUUUUGGAAAGCCAAAAAGAAUCAGAAUAGCAAAGUAAGGAAACAGAAAUUGAUUAGUAAAAAGAGAUAGAUAAAGAUCAUAAGUAGAGUAUUUAAAAUAAAAACGUCAUAAGCAGUAAAAAGCAGUCCGACAUUCUAGCAGCAUUUUAGUGCAUAGCUGAAAACGAGAGAAGUAAAAGCCCUGUGACAAGGAAUAAUAAUGCUGGGCCUGAAUAACUCAAGAAUAAAAAUGACGAACCUUUAAACGGUGAUUUAUCAAGUCAACUUAACAAUAUUUUGAGAGUUAAUUAACCUAAGGUUGAAGUUGAAUAAGAAAAAUCUUUCUAAAAGUAAAAUGAAUAAGAGAAGUAGCACUAAAAGACAGGAAAGCUAUAAGAUCUUUUCUAGUCAUAGACGAACUCAUUAGAUUUUAUACUCACCCCAAUUGAUCAUAGUGAUAUUGUAACUAUUACACCAACGCCAACUUAAAAUUUAAACAGUAAUGGAAAUCCCAAUGAAUUCGUAGUGUAGGAGAUAGAGUCAUAGAUUGUUUAAGACUUUGAUGGCAAAGACUCAAAUUUGAUGGCAGAUCAGAGUCCCUUUUAAGUCAGGGAAUCAUUCCAUGAAACAUCAAGAGGAUUUGCAGACACCCUUUAGUAAGAAGUAAUGGUAACAGCAUAAUUUCAUGAUAAUGAUCGGGUAAGCAUACCUACACUCCAAAAUGCUAUGGAUAAUAACGCUUCAUUUCGAGGAGACCUCAAUUAUGAGGACUUUUAGAAGGAUCUGGUGAAUUCCUAGAGAUAAAUCAACAACUAAAUGGAGUAUCUCACAAGUUAAAGUUUUGAGUAGGGCAAACCAGAAUCAGAGCGUUAAUAAAAACAGAACUUCUAGAUUAUUGGUAAGCAUUAGAAUGCCUCUCGUUUUCAAGAAGAAAUCAAGCAGUAGAGUCAAGAUGGAAGCAGCAGUAAGCAUUCUGUUUAGCUAAACAAUAUUGAUAAAAACAGGUAAACUGAAGAGCAGACAGUUGCAAACAUGAUUUUCAAAGAGCUAUUUGAUGUAGAUCUGGUAGAUUCCCAAAAUAACAAGCAUGAUCAGUCAAGGUAUUCCUAGCAGUAAAAUUUCGGGUUUAACAUUGACACUGAAUUCGAUUCCAAUAACUAGCAUUAGCUUCGAAUGUCUGAUAGAGAUCAAUCUUUAGAGAUCCUGAGUUCUGCCUUAUCAGCAGCUAACUUAGAGAUGCUUCAGAUUAUCGAAGAGUACGUGGAUUAAGAAUUAAUAGUCCCAGUUUUAAAUGCCGAAAGUCUUACAAUAUUGGAAGAUGCACUGAAUGAAAGACAAAUUCAAAUGAGGAUUGUCAAUCGAUCUAUUCUAGAGCCAACCUUGCAGGAGGAACUGGUUAAACUUAUUACUGAAGUUUAUUCUCAAGUCUAAGAUGAGUAGCGUCAAGAGCAGGAAAAGAUGAAGCGUUUCAGUACAUUCAAUGAUUCUAGAAAUAUUGAAGUAGUUUGCAAUAAUUCUCCUCAAAACAGACAUUCCUUCAAUAUGCAAGCCCCAAGAUAGAUGCAUGACUUAAAAGAGGAACCUUAAUAUCAAUAGUAUACUGAGGACAGUCCUCAAAUGAAAAAGCUCAGAGACAAGUAAAUUGAGAUUAAUGUUUACUAAGGCCAAGAACUUAACUCUACAAGUUCUUUUGGUUCUCCAAUGAUAAAAAACAAAAAGCAAAUGAGUAUGAUGAAAAAGAUUUCAAAUCCACUAAUGAACUCAGACUAAUACCACUUUAACCAGUUUCUAAAAGAAACAAAUAAAAAUUCUACCAUUAAUAAUAUCAAAGCCAGUCCAGACAGCUUCGGCAAGAACAAGGCACUUGUGACGAAUUUUUAUUCUACAGGGGUGCAUCAAUCCUAGGACUUUAGGUAGGAAUCUAGAUUCGACUAAAACAAUACUUUGAAUGACAGUCCAGAGAUCCAGAAUAUAACAGAGGAUAUCAAUAAUUAUGAUACAAGAGAUCAAAAUGUAGAGGAUGAUGAAGAUACUGAAGAUGAUCCUAAUAUCGUAAUUUCUAGCGAGGAGGAUGAUGAAGAAGGCAAUAAAACUGUGACAUAAGCUAACUACGGCUAAAAUUACGAUAGAGCAAGCAACAGUAAGUCUUUCAUUUCGCAAAAUACAAGAAAGAUGAAGCGAGCUAUGAGGUCACAUAACUAGAUCAGCAAUACAGGGGUUAGAAAAUUCCAGCAUCACAGAGGGGCAUCUAUUCUUUAAUUAGAUGAGUCUCCUUUUAUAUAUCUUACAACAAAUCCACUCUAUCUUGAUCUAUUAUGCGCGAACUGCUAUGAGUGCGUGAGAUUUGCAGAUGUUGAUCAUCACUCAUUAGUUUGCUAGUCAGUACAAGACUUGACAACUAGCGAGAAGGAAAGAUAUAAGAAUGUGCAAGAUAGCUCAUCAUACAGUGAUAAGAUUAAUUUUGGAGUGGAUAAGGAGCUAAGGAAAAUACUAAGCGGAAGUUAAAUUUCUUCUUAAAGAGAGAUAGAUCAUGAAACUGACCUAAGUAUCAUAAACGAGAGGAUAUCAAAACUUAACAGCGCUAUUAAGAAUAGAAUUGUAGAAAUACAGCUGCAGGACAGAGACAAUCCAUUGACAGAUUACUAUUCAAGCAUUUAUUCUGUAGGCAAUAGAAUAGUAGGCAUUGAUGAUGUAAGUAACUAAACUCAUAAUAAUAUUUAGGACCCAAACAAUUUAGUUAUCAUUCAAAAGAUACUCGAGGACUAUCUGAAGGAGAUCUAGGACCUUUAGAGAACAAAGGAGAGGUAGAAUUAAAGAGUAGUAUCACUGCUGAUGUUCACUCAGAGAUUAAUCAUUCUCUGCAAGGAGAAACUGCUUCUAUUGGUUAAGCAAUCAUCUUUCAGCAAUGAAAUCAUUUUCUAAACUAAUGAUAAUGAUGUAAGCUUAAUCAAUUUAUGUAUUAUUAAGGUGGACAUUCAGAAGUCGAAUACCAAGUAGAAGAAACGAGCUUUGUUUAUCUUGAAUGAUAUCAGAUCGGAAAUAAACUCAGAGAAAUUCAGAGACGACUAGUCAGAUGUAAGCAUUAUUUGUAUAUAAAUUGCUAUAUAGUAUUCUGAAUACUCUGCGUUAUCUUAGAACAACUUUAUCUUUAGUGCUGGACCAUCUUUCCAUUAGAGCAAAUAAUAGCUGAGAAGCCAGAACAGCGUUAAAUCUAAUAAUAAUAGGAGCUUUUAGAAUGAUUAAAAUUUUUGGAAUCACAUUGAGCAAUAGCCUAACUAUUAAAAUUUCAACUAAAAUAUUAAAGGCAGUUUGGCAGCACCCGGAGGCUUGUCAAAUGUAUCUUCGCCGUUUAGAAAGAAUAGCAUCAAUAGUGGAUUUAAUUUCUCAAAUAACAAUGGAGCUAGUCAAUCAAUGAUUACCACACCAAACUCUAGAAGUAAUCACAAAAACUCAGUUCCACGCAGAGAAAGAUUCAAUGAGGGAAGUUUAUUGUCUCCCUCGCAUUCACAUUUGUCUGGUUCAAAUAUCAAGGAAGAUAUUAACAGCAAUCUCAAAAAGCAUUUCUAUUCUCUGGUAAUUGACCAGUUAGGUAGUUAUGGUGGGAGACUGCCAGAUGGCUUAAGUUUCGCUACUCUCUAUAGGGAAGCUGAGGCAGAAGAUAUCAAUAUUGAUGACUGGGACUCGUAUAUUAGACUGAGACUGGAAGCGCAUAGAGCGAGUAAAAAGAGAUGA